AAUUGGAAAAGGUUCACAAAGAUGGAGAAGCACCAUAAAAGCGACCACCAAAGAAGCACCAUAAAAGCGACCAACUGCGCCUUUCCAGUCGUCUUGUCAACCGCGUUUUACUUGCAAAGCUCUUUGUGAUUUCUUUUGUUGUUCCUGUAGCACUCACCAGCUUAUAAGCUUCUGCGGCCGUCCAGAUUGGUUCAGAAAUGGAGUGACCGCCAAUUUUAUUCAUUUUGACCACCGGCUUCUUGGCCAGUUUCAGUAGUGGGUAUGUGAGAAUAUCUCGGAUGCGACCAAGCAAGAAACAGCAUGCCUGCUGCUAGACUGGCAGCCGCCAACCGACCGAGGUCCACCGAGACCUGACCGACCCAAUGACAGCGAUACACGGCAGACUGCCGCUGCCACCGGCUGCAGCGGUGGCCUUGCACCAGCAGCGACUGCCGCCGCCGCCACAGCUGCCGCCGCCACCCCUACACAAGGCCCGUAGGAAGAAGAAGAAGCCCAAGGCCGCCAAAUCUGAAGAUGCACCGAAACCGACGUCGUCCGAGCCACCGGCGCCUCCUUCUCCACCGUGGCCCAUCUUGGACCACCGCCGAAGACCGGGUCCCAACCCGGUGGUGAUAUUCUCAGUCGCUUUCGUGGUCAUCGUCGCGCUGGCUGUGGCGUCCUUCUUCCAGGUCCGUGAGCGCGUGGAGUCGAGUCCUGAAGCGCGCCGGGCCAGGCGGGUCGCGGCCAUAGCCGCGACGCAGUCCACCACCCAAGAGGACGAGCCGGCCACGACGUUCCGGCUGACGGACAACACCGAGGAAGAGACGCUGCGCACCGCUGUCUUCCUGCCCAAGGCGCACACGCGCACGCGCGCACCAACCAAGAAAGGCAGUUGAACUGGUGGUGGGAUGUGUAUAGUUCCCGCACACGUCAAGGCCUGCCGCCACUUCUCAUUAAAUAAGCGUUGCUGUGUGUCACACUUAAAAGCCACCCGGUGAAGGUUUCCAAGCAGCAUACACAUAUGCUGCACAACGCAUGAAUGUCAUUGAACCGCGCCUGACGCACUAAAACGGAAAUUAAGCAAAAUGUGCCGUAAUUGGACGGUAAAGCAGUGGGCAGUCUGUUUCAGAUUGUACGUUAGUAUACCCAACUGCAGUUCGUGCAUCCGUCACAUUGAAUUUAUCAGUUUCCUUUAGACAUUUGAAGGUCAGUUUUAAUAUUGAUAUUUGUCUAGCCUCAUCCACAUGAGUCUUGGCCCAUCUCCCAUGGUGGACACGAACCAGGAGUUCGGAGGACUGGUGUUCUGGCGCGGCUGUCGCAUUCUAGAGGCUGAAUGGUAAAACGCUUCUUUACUGAGAUUUUAACUCAAUUCACUUCAAUUUCGGUGCAAGUUACCCAACAUGGUGAAAGUGAACCCGGAGCCCUCCAGUACUAUGUCUAAUUAGCUGUAUAUUACUCAUUGGCUACUAUGGCUGUUGCUUUGGGACGUUUAAUGCUAAAAACCAACCGAUACAGACGUCUCAGUCACUUGCGAUACACGAAUAAUAUUACUGUCGACUUCCAUUAAUUUGACCAUGACGGGACCGACAAAAGUGAUCGAAUUCCUAGGCGGGUCGAAUUAAACAAGAUGCAGAAAAAACGCCAGAGCACACUGCUGAUUCAUUUGGCGGUAUUUGUCCUAUUAUAUCGCGU